UCCUUUAUGUAGCAAAAUAUUAUUAUGAUUAUUAUACACGUGAAAAUCCUCUACCAGGGCCUCUUCCACUUCCAAUCAUUGGAAACCUUCAUCAAGUAUUAUUUCAUAAGAUAGGCGACAUUGAUUUAGGAACAUGGUCAUUUAAUCUUCGCAAAAAAUACGGGGAAACAUUUGAAAUUUAUUUAGGAUCAUUACGCACUAUAGUCACAGGUGAUCCUGAAUCUAUAGAUAAAAUAUAUAACCCAUCUUUAAAAAAUGGAUUUUUUGUUCGCCCGAAAAUGAAUGGGCUUUCUGAAUUAGGGAUGAACAAUGGUCUUAUAUUAAACAAUGAUCAAAAAUCUUGGAGUCGAAAUCGAAAAUUCGUUUCACAAACUUUGCAGUCGCCAAAAUUCUUGCGUGAGUUUGCCGGUAUCACGCAAGAUUUAUUUGACAAAGUUGAAC